GUUGUUGGAUGAGAAUUGCCAGCUCACAUGCAGACCCGAUGGGUUCCUGUCUCUUCCCAAACGCCAAGAAAACAGUGCAUGUGCAAGAGACUUGGAAGCAAACAGAGACCUGAAAUUCCCAGAAAGCAGCACCAGCCAGCAGCCAACCCGUCAGCGAAGGCAAAAUUCGUUACCGCUCUCAGUGGUUCAGUUGUCUAUACUGCUCAGUCAAGUUACGGAUGAGGCUCAGCUUCAGAAGUUGGAUAUUUUUGUCCCUCUGGCUGAUAUUAACAGUUACCUAAAACUUACUGAAGCCGCAGGUCAAAUAUGCGUCUCCCAGUGGACUGGUCCUUCCCGGCUGGGAUGCUUGUUUAACCACGGAGACCAUAUAGUGGCUGUGAAUGAUCUGCAACCCCAGGACGUGGAGGAGGCUCGCUUCUUCAUCAGCAGGUCCACAAGGAAGGAGGUGAAACUUACUGUAUGUAGGAUUCCAGAUUCAGACACCUUCCAUGUUAAAGGCUGCUCGUGUUCCUGA